AUGCGGGGAAACUCCCCUGAACCCCGGCUGAUGUAUUGUGCCCCAGCUUUUCCUCCCGGCAUCACCGACGCCAACACCAACACCAACACCAUCGCCAUCGCCAUCGUUUUCAGUCCUCAGUGGCAAGUUGACCACAAAGCCAACAACUUACCUUCUCCAGCCCCGCCAAAUUACCUGAUUCUCUCCUCUCUAUCGUACAUUGGCCCCCACAGAGCCAUGAGCAUGAGCACAAGCGCCAAGGGCCGUCGGCUACCCUCUAGUUGCGUUAAUUGCAGACGCCGCAAGAUCAGGUGCGACAAAUCAUCAUCGAGAGCAUGUGGGAGAUGCGAACGCCUAGGCUUAGACUGUGUCGUCACGGACGAGGUUGUAGCACGACCUUACUACCACACCUCCAAGGAGCGGUUCGAGUUGAUGGCUACAAUUGUUCGACACUUCUCACCGGAUACCUCACUAAGUGUAGAAGAGCUACGACAAUAUGUCUCUACACUGAAAAGUGCACCAAGGGGCUCGUUGAAUCCCCGCCCGAUGCAGGAAGCCUCACCUCCACACUCUAUCUCAAUGCCCAUCGAGGCCCCACAGACCGCCAGUGCAACCGAUGACCCAUCGCCCUCUGCGUCUGAAGGCAGUCUCGACGGUGCCUUCAUUUCAGAUGCCACAUGUCAGCGCCGUUUUGUUGGUGCUUCAAGCUAUACCGUGAUACAAUGCAACAUCAGUUCGUACAUCGCAGACAGGUUUCCUAGGCUGGCAAUGCUACAGCGAGACCAUACAUUUGAUCUGCGCGACGGUGACCCCCCUUGUGGAAUUCCAGCCAUUGCACUACCCGACAGAAGAACAUGCGAGCAGUGUGGUGUGAGAUUCUUCAACCACAUCAACAGCGUGGUCUACAUUCUCAGCCCCGAGAGCUUCUUCAACGCUGUUGAGACGGCGUAUAGUGGGAGAGAUACACCGCCUUCCGUUCAGGUCACCAUUCAGCUCGUAGUGGCUCUCAUGAAUGGCUCUUUGGAAAGUUUUGAGCUUGCUCGCAUGCAGAUGGAAAGUGUGAUUGAAGAGAGUAGCCUGGAAAGUGUUCAGGCUAUGAUGCUAAUGGCUUUGUACCGGCAGAAGCAUAAUCAACGGCACACCGCCUGGGUUGUUCUAGGCAGCGCAGUCAGGAUUGCCCGGUCGCUCGGUAUGCACAUCGGGACGGAUGACGACAGCCUGAUGGUUGCAGAACAAAAGAAAAGAUUGUGGUGGUCAUUAUUCGAAUUGGACCAGUGGAGCUCAUCCAUCCUCGGGCGAUCUUCUGACCGGUCUGUGGAUGCCAAGACCGUCCCAUCUCCCUCCGAUGUAAGGACAGCUCUCGUACUUGCACGAUUUUAUGAGGCUGAUACAGUACAGGGUUUUAUUAUGGGCACCUCAACUCCGCCCAUGUAUGCAAUAGCUUCAGCUCGCUUGGCCCAGUUUCUCUCUCAAGCGAUGAACCGCAUUUUCCUGAAGCAGCAGUGCAGAGAGGAAGAUGUAGAUUUUCUCCUCCAGGAACUAGACGCCUGGUGGGCUAGCUUACCAGCACACUUGACCAAAGCAGCAGUAAUAUCGGAAUCCUUUGCACGAGCAACACUCUAUCUUCGACUAAGAUAUUACUAUAUCCUAGUCCUAAUUACUCGGCCUUUUCUGCUCGACUCCACUGUCGAGAACCACACGACCAGCCGUCAUGUCAAGGUUUGUGAGGAUAACAACGAUGGUGCCCUCACAACACUUCGAGACAUGCAGGCGAGAAAUCUCCUUACAGACUCGCUUUGGUUCGAUUCUCAUCACAUUCUCUCAACAUCCCUCAUCUUGCUGCUGCGAAUCAUCAACAACCCGUCAUGUCCCGAUCUCCAAAGAAAGAUAAAAUGCAUGCAAGGCCUUCUACAAUUAUUCCCUGGGAAGUUACAGUCCUAUGCGAAUGAGUGCUUCAACAAAGUCCUUGAGGAUAUCCACCCAGGUACCCGUGUCACUAUCAGCAAAAUAAUCUUCCGUCGCAUCGCCGACGACCCCCUUGGACGGCUCCCACUCCCACUUAGCAGUCUCUGGUCUCCCAGGAAUGCCCCAAAAAUGCCCGCCGACGUACAGAUGCCCAGCUCUGCCAGUGCCGAAGUGUCAACAGCCCCUCUCUACCUCGGGUUCGCCAUCGUCUCUUCGUAUUUCGCCCGUCUAGCAAGAUACACAUCAGGGAUAUAA